UUUUACAUCUUACAUAUAAAUAUAUAUAUUACAAUAUUUAAAACACAUCUAUGCGUAUACAUUAUAUUAUAUUACAAAUAUGAUUCAAUAAAAAAUUAUAAUAUUCAAUUAUCAAAUUUAUAAGAUUGUUGCAUGAAAAUGUUCAUCGCAUUGUUAUAAUAUUUUUUUUAUUUGCACUUAUAAAUAAUUUUAAGUUAUUUUUAGUUAUUUUUAAUCAUUAUAAUUUAAUACAAUUUAAUAAAUAUUAGUAAAACAUAUAGAUUGCGAAUAUAUAACACAUGCAUCGAAAUAUAUAUUUUCUUAUAUUUAAAUAUCUGAAUAUAAACACUAACCUAAAAUUACUAAUUGAUAGUUAUAUUAUUUAUAUUGGAAACAAGCAUACGACAACGUUAUGGAGAAGGAAGAAAUCUGUCAAUACUUUAAUGACAUUAUCAAAGAUGAAAAAGAUGUUUCUGCUGGAAUGGCUGCUAUACGUACACUAUUAAAAGUUUUAGAGUAUUCAAAGUCUGAAACGGUUCAAGAACUCAGGUACUGUUUACAGAAUGCAAUAGAUGCAAUGAGAUCUACUGAAAAUCCUGUAACUGCCAUUGCAUCUGGCAGUGAAUUAUUUCUUCGUUUUAUAACUUUGGCUACAUUAGAUACUCCUUCAUUUGCAGAAUGUAAAGGUAUUAUGCUCCAUAGAGGCAAAAUGUUUUACGAGAAAUUAGUGGCUGCCAGAGGAAAAGUAGCAAAAGUUGCAGCACAUUUCAUUAAGGAUGGCUCUAAAAUACUUACUCAUUCAAAAUCUAGAGUUGUAUUACAAGCAAUGAAAGAAGCUGUUGAAAGUAAUAAAAUAUUUGAAGUAUAUGUAACAUGUUCUUCUCCAGAUAAUAGUGGGGAAGAAAUGCAUGAAAAUUUAACAAAAUUAGGUUUAUCUUGUACAUUGAUAUUAGAUUCUGCAAUGGGAUAUGUCAUGGAACAAGUUGAUAUGGUCAUGGUAGGAGCAGAAGGAGUUGCAGAAAGUGGAGGUGUUAUUAAUAAGGUUGGCACAUAUACAAUGGCAAUGUGUGCUAAAGAGGUGAAGAAACCAUUUUAUGUCUUAACAGAGAGUUUCAAAUUUUCAAGAAUAUAUCCCUUAAAUCAAGUAGAUCUUCCAAAUGAAUUUAAAUAUACAGCAAGUACAUUAAAAAAAGAUUUGCAGAAAGAACAUCCAUUAGUUGAUUAUACGCCGCCACAUUAUAUUAGUCUUCUCUUUACUGAUUUAGGUAUAUUAACACCUUCAGCUGUAAGUGAUGAACUUAUUAAAUUGUACUUGUAAAAUGUACAUCAGUAUACCAAAAUACAUAUACAAAUAAUUUUAAUACAAAUAUAGAUAGAAAUAAAAUUAUUUAUACAAUGACAAUAAUAAAUAUUUAACUUUACAAAAAACUUUGAUAUAAGUUUUAUUAAUUCUUAAAAUAAUAUUGAGUAUUGUAGAAUAACACACUCGUUUUUUAAAAUCUCAUUUCCAAAUAACACACGAUAAAACACUUAUUCUUUGUUAUAAUACAAUAGAGAAGUUCAACACUGUUUUGAAUAUUUAUAAAUUUUCUCCUAGUUAUGACUUAUUAGAAGAUGACUUACGCAUCUCGCACAAUAUACACAUGUAUACGAUAUCUAUAACCACAUUAUUAUAUUAAAUACAAAUAAUCUAUAAUGCAUCUCAAUAAUUGAGCAUAUUGCACAGCAAUAACAAUAAUAUAAGAUUUAUAACUUUUAACAAAAUUAAAAAAAAUUGUUGUAAUUAAUUAGUAAAUUAUGUACUAUAAAAAAAAUUUUUAAAUUUGCAAUAUUUGUUACAUAUAUAAAUAAUGUUUUAAAAUUUUUAUAUUUUAUAUUUAGUUUCAUUUUAAUGAAACAUGGGAAAUAACGAUAUGAUAUUGUAAAUGUUUUUGAGUAAAUAUUCAUAAUUAGAUAAUUUUGUUUUUUUAUAUUUAACAUGUGUUUACUACGCUUAUUGCGAAAAUUUCUUCUAGAUAAAUAUAAUUCAUGAUUAAACAUUUUUCGUUUUAACAAUAAAUACUGGCUAUUAAAACUGAAUUGUCGUUUGGACGGAUAUAUAACAUAAGGAAUUAAGACGGAAAUAUUAAUAUAAAAAAUGAAAAAAAUAAGUAAUAAAAAA